CAUCUGUCUUUUCUCUGUCAUGCCAGCCCUUCUACAAAAAGAAUUCCACCGUGACCAUCACUGUGAUGCUGAAUGAUGUUGACCUCAGAAUCAUCCGCUGGGAAGAGCUCCCCAUAUUUCGAGUCCCGUUUGUCUUCGCAAUCUGUGCCAGAAAAUGGGGAUGCUACAUUCACUUGCAAGAUAACUGGCAACCCGAAACCAAACAUCACCUGGUGCAAGAAUGGGCGAGAUAUCAACGAACUGGAGGACUUUUCCGGCUAUGAAAUCAGGGAUGAUAACCCAAUUCAUACUUUACAUCUAUUCAGGUGCUCCGAGGAACAAGCUGGCGUUUAUCGAAUUGUGGCUAGUAACUAUUUGGGAAGAGUUCAGUCUUCAGCUUUCCUUAAGGUGACGCCUGUUCCCAAAUCAGAAGCGUACGCAACAUUGCACGAUGAUCCUGAAAACGAUGUCAGAAUUGGCGCAGCAAGCGACAUUACUGUGUAUCGUUGGGAAAGUUCUAAUCAAGCUACAGAGGAUAAAGACGGCAAAGUAGAAAACGAUUCAGCCCACGAGAGCUGUUUCUCAUCAGAAUCUCCAUCACCUGAAUUCAAUAGUUUAUCUACUGAACAAACCGGAUUUUCCCACCCAACGGAACAUGGGAUUUGUCCUGCAGUAGAAAAUCAGCACGGUUUAGACGGCAAUGCGUGUGAAAAUCAAUGUGCAGUAGAAAAUCAGCACGGUUUAGACGACAAUGUGUGUGAAAAUCAAUGUGCAGUAGAAAAUCAGCACGGUUUAGGCAACAAUGUGUGUGCUGAAAGUGUGCUCAGUCCAGAGGAAAACGAUGAAAGAAUUUUGGACGUGACCCCCGAUACCUCUGACCUCUAUAUCUGUGACAGCCUUGAAAUUACUACGGAUUGUACCAAGAGAGAAAUGUCUCAGGGCUGUGCUGAGAGUGAGGUGGGUUCAGUCAGCGGCUCACAAGUGGAUUCCAAACCAGCAAGUCAAAUCAAUGAUCAUGCGGACAGCUGUUCCUUUAAUACUGAAGACUUAGUUGCUUGUCAGACGACCAAAUAUGCCAAGACACAUGAAGAGAUUUGCCUCAGCAAAGUUCUGAGAAAAGACCAACUGUCCCUGAGUCAUACAAGAGCACCUCAAGAAAACCAGUCCCGCUGUCUAGGGGAUCCCUCUAAAAAUGCCGACAAUGAUUUUGAGAUUCUUCCCGGCAGAACCUUUAUUACAGCUGAUGAGUCUUCCGGCAACGACCGCCUUGAAGACCACAAAUGUUCUGACGUGAUGACAGAGGAGAUGUACGAAGGGUGGGAAAGGAAGCUGGAGUUUCUGCUGGAGAGCGAUGAGGAAGGUGAAUCAAAGCUGGGCGACGAUUGUGACGGGUGCGCUUAUUUCCUCGGUGAAAUGCCUCGCCUGUUUCAAGUGUCGGAUAACACCGUGCCUAUGGAUGCCACCAUUGGCUUCUGUGGUCAUCCGUCAAAAUCCAAAGAAGUAGCUGUCAGGAGUUACCUCACUGCAUGCAAUCCAUCACUCUUGCCACCAGGAAUUACUCUAACUGUUGGGAAACAGCAAAGCGAAGCUCCCGCCACCAAAGACAAAGAGAAGUACAAGCAGCCUGUGGCUCCCAUGGCGAUUGAAAAUGAUUAUCCUAGAAUCGAAGAGCGAAACAGCAGCGACAGCCAAUCCACUGAAGAUUCUUCUGCGAACAGAUCCCAGAGCAUGGCAAAUGAACUUCUGGGGAUGGAGCCCGCUUCUUGCGGUAUGAGCAGCUCCACCGUGGCCGCAGAGAAACCAGAUGUGGACAGAAACGUCUCUCAGAAAAACUCGCAAAAGUUUGCAAAAGUAAGGGAGAAAGGGAGCAAAGGAGAAGACAAAUAUGACGCGGCGGGUCUGACGAAGGCAUCGAAGCGCCCUCUAAAUAAAUUGCACCCCAAAGAGCUUCACACCUCCAAAAGUCGCACCAUUCAAGAGAAAAGAAAUUGUUUAGAUUCUGCUGCGCGGCUUCAUGGAUAUAACCGCAGCGAUCCAAAUGAAGCAGACCAGGAUCCGGCCAGUUCUUCAACCCAUUGCAGCUUAUUGCAGGGCAAAGGAGGAGAUGAAAGAAGCUCUGAGGAAGGCAAAUGGAUUAUAGAUCUGUCUGAAAGAGACCAGUUGCCAAAUGAAAAUGCUGCACUUAUGGUAAAGCUGCAAGAAACUGAGGCUGCAGCUGCAGUGCCCGUCGGCAAAGAGCUAGCGCUGUUUAUAACAGAACCUGAGACAGAUGACGGAGCUGUUUCCACGUCUUCUUCUCCUGCGAAAAGUAUCUCAGGGCAUGCUAAAAACCCAGCUUUGAAGGAGGUCAGUGGCGAAAAUGGCUUUCAAAUGGAGAAUGAACUAUUGGAAAUCCCCACAAGCCUUUAUCUACCACACCGGACUUGCGCGGUUGACCAAUGGGAGUCAAGUGGGGCUCAAACUCUUCAAGUCAUAACCACGGGCAAUACAGUAAGCCACAAUGUAUUACUUGAUACACUGGAUCACAGCCCUUCCAUUUCUCAUCUAGAAGGCUUGCGUGACAUUCUGACUCCUGGAAUUGUCCCUAUUAGGCAAACAGAAAGAGGAAUAGUAUGUGUAACUAGACCUCACGAGGACAAUGAGCUAAAAACAAUCCAUGACUCUCCCUGUAUGGAACAUCUAUCCAAAGUGGAUUUCCCGACAACCUUGGAAUGCUCAGAACCCGAGUCUAGAGAAACUGACUUAUCACUGAUGCAUGAGCAGUUACGGACUUUUCUUUAUGAGGAAGAAGGCUGGGACUGUGACUUCACUUGCACAAGCAGGGAGGUUAAGAGUUUAGCAGCUGGAUCCAACCCUGCCAAGGGGGCCGAAGGACUGAAUGUCACUGGAGAUGUAAGCACGGAGCAUCAGGCCGUGCCAGGACAUUUAACAGAAGAUAAUCAGCUUGUCACCGAGUUGGCAUCUGCACUUGAAAUGGUAAUGGGAGGCUACACAGAUUGCAACAGCCUGCUCAAAACAGAUGGAACAGGCGGUGAUGUGUCUAUGAGCCAGAGCUCUCUUGCUCUACCUGUGGAAACAGAUGUCAUGCGUCUAGGUGCUUCCUUUGAACACAGCACAGAAAAGCCAUCUGUUCCUCUUUCACGCGGCAAUCUCUUUGAUGCAGAAAUAUACCUGGAGGAUAAUCAAAGGCAGACACGGUCAGGCAAUGAUGGACCUAUUCCAAAAUCUGCUUCUCAGGGAGGAAAGGUCAUGAUUGAUAACGUGUCCUCAUCUCACACCACAGAACCCCCCCUAUCUGUGGCUUAUAUAGAAGCUCUAGAAAUAGUUCUGCUGAGUGUGGGUCAGAAAAUGUUAGUGGAGGGAGCCACUGAUUACUUCGGUGAGUCACCUGAUACCGAACAAGAUUUUUAUUAUGUAGACUGGGCCACUGAAAAGCAGUCCAAUGAGACCCCUGCUAGAAAUUCUCACAUUGCAGCAUGCCAGUCAAGAAUAGAAGAUGGUGCCAAUUCCACCCAGCUCUCACCGGAAGAGUAUUCGUCUACUAAUUUUUCUGACAAAAAUGUGGAUCAAUUGACAAGCGAAGGACGUUCUUCAAUUACUGCAAUUGAUAAAAGCACGGAAGAGAAUUUUCAGGAGAAAGGAACUGAGUUAACGAAUGCUCAGAGCGGUGGCAAUUGUGGCACUAAUGAUGUUUUGACAGGUAAUAAUAAUGAAGAUUUUCAAGCUGCACCCCAUGCAGGGAAUUAUAGCUACCACAUGCUAGAACAUAAUUUAGUUCUAGACAUUUCCUCUAUAAUCGAGUGGGAUGAGCCAGAAGAUGCUGAUAUAUAUGAAGCAGUGUUCAAAACAUCCUAUGAAGGUAAAUUCCUAUCUGAAGGUCCAUUAGGAAGCAACCAGAAUGAGGGAAACAGUGUAAGCCAAGAAACAAGGGACUGUACAGCGACUCCAGGGGAAAUUAUUCCAGAAUCAGGAACUGUCUUGGAGACACUACUGCCAGAUUCUCAACAAAGAAUAUCAGGGGGGAAGCCUAGCAUUGCCGAUACUGUUUGUGCAGUUGAGAAAGUAAUGAGAAUGGAUAUUACAGGCUUUACACCUGAUUCUAAAAAUACAAUAGCUGGUAUUAUCAAAAAUGAGUGUACCAGUUCAGGUCAGGUCACCCUGGAUGCUAGCAAUAUAGUAGGCAUUGUUUGCAGUCAAGAGGCAAAUCAAGAAGGUAUGAAUGAAGAGCGUAGCAUGAAAACCUCGGAGGCAGAAUCCUCUAAGGCUGAAAGCCUAAUGCCAACUGAAUCCAUGCAGAGUAAAGUUGAGAAGGGCAUGAGUGAACAAACACCUGAACUGAGGCAAGAUCAGUAUCAGCGGGUAGGAGAAGAGAAGGAGAUCCAAAUAGUUCACUAUGAGAGAGAUACAGGGGAAAGAGAAACGUCCAUUCCUUUUGACUAUGGAGAGACUGAAGUGGAGCCUUACAUGCGAGCCCUAAUGGAUCCUGAAGAACAAAUUUGGCUUGGUAGCGUUGAACUGGAACAGAAAGAGCACCAAAACCUGCAAGAAGGAAAACAGACCCAAAUAACCCCUUGUGAAAGGGACACUAGGGAUCAUCAAGAGUCCCUUGAGUGUGACUUAGAUGAAGCGGAAGUUGAGCCUUACAUGAGGGUGUUGCUGACUUUAGACCAGAUUCAUUCCUGGCAUGAAAGUAUAAACUAUUUGUGCCCUUCUGGUGAGCACACUGGAGUGUCUAAAGAGGAAUAUGUAGGGACAUCUACAAGUGACAGUGGAGACGGUAUGUUCACAGCUGAUGAGAAUAAAAAUCUAAAGACCCCAGAGCUUGAAAUGAAGGCCCCGGGCAGUGUUGCGCCCUGUGCCUGUGAGUAUUCCAAGGUCAAGCUCCUGCAAAGCAGACUUCUGUCACGUGCAUCAGCAGAACCUCCAGAUGAUCCACGUGCCUUAAAAGAAGAGAGGGCAACGUUGCAAGAGACAUCCAAGCUCUGCAAGGCACCCCAGAGUAGCCCCGAGGACGUGAAGCGUAAGCAAGAAACUGUAAAGAAGAAGACGGUGUCAAAGGUUCAAGUUAAGAAGCCACGCCUUGGAGCGAAAGAAAAUGCUGGCAUCAACGCCAGUGGUGGGAAAAAAGUCUCCAAAGCGGAGGCAGGUCAGAGAGAGCAACGGAAACCACCAUCAGAAAUAGACAGCAAAGCCCCCAAACUGCUGAAGAAUAUCCAAGCAGAAUUGUUCCCUGAUUGCUCUGGAAAUAUCAAAUUAUGCUGCCAGUUUAUGGAAAUUCAUGAAGAUGCAGUUAUUACGUGGACUAAAGACUCUCAACUACUUGCUCGAGUGCAGAGAAGUGCAGGAGAUGAGUUUCCUGUAUCCUUGGCAAUAGUUCAAGCUGGUAAGAAAGAUCAAGGAAUAUACUGCUGCUGCUUGAAAAAUGCGUACGGAAAGGCCACUGCGGAUUUCAACCUGACCUCGGAAGUCCUGGAGCAUCUUUCAAGUUUUCAAGAUGUCGAAGGCUUGGAAGAAAUUGAAUUCUUGCAGCUGAUGUUCAGAGAAGAUUUCAUCUGCGACAGUUACUUCAGUAACAGUCUGCAUGGCAGAAUCACAACGGAAGAGCUACAUUUUGGGGAAGGAGUGCACCGGAAGGCUUUCCGAAGCAAAGUCAUGCAGGGCUUAGUGCCGGUGUUCAGCCCCGGUCACCUUUGCGUUCUGAAAGUGCACAACGCCAUUGCCUAUGGGACCAAGAACAACGACGAACUUGUUAAAAAGAAUUACAAAUUGGCGUUGCAGGAAUGCUACAUUCAGAACACAGCAAGAGAAUAUGCCAAGAUUUAUGCUGCUGAAGCCACACAAUUAGAAAGUUUCGGAGAGGUGCCUGAAAUCAUUCCCAUUUUCCUGAUCCAUCGGCCCAACAGUAACAUCCCAUACGCCACCGUGGAAGAGGAGCUAAUUGGAGACUUUGUGAAAUACUCUGUCAAGGAUGGGAAAGAAAUCAGUUUCAUGAGGAGAGAUUCAGAAGCCGGGCAAAAGUGUUGUACCUUCCAGCACUGGGUGUACGAAAGAACUGGAGGCGGUUUGCUUAUCACUGAUAUGCAAGGUGUAGGAAUGAAACUAACCGACGUUGGCAUAGCAACCUUGGCCAAAGGGUACAAGGGUUUCAAAGGCAACUGCUCCAUCUCAUUUAUCGAUCAAUUUAAGGCUCUCCACCAGUGCAAUAAAUACUGCGAGAUGCUGGGACUGAAACCCCUUCAAACCAGCUGUCAGAAACCAAGGAAGCCAGCCGUCCCCAAACCCAAGGCACAACAGCCAAGCUCAAGCAUUGUAAAGAAAACUGGAGUCAGUGCACAGGCUGCCAAGAAAACAUAGGAGAUUUCUUACCUUACAAAGGGGGGGGGGGGAAUCCAGUCAUCCUCACCUUUCCAGUACGCCCUGUGCUCUUCUAGUAUUGAGCACUGCAGUAAUCCUCCGAGCAUUCAACGUUAGAUGAGUAGCCAUAACUCUCACAAAGGAAGUUGCAGAAUGGAUAGUUUAGUGGUCCCAAACAGACUGCCCAAAGUAGGAUACCGGGGCAGGAAUCGGCAUCCCAUUGCCAAGUGUGGUUAACAGAAUCACGUGUGCGGGAUGUGUAAGUGGAUCAGGGUGUGUAUGUGUAUUUACACACUAUCUCUUGCAGAUAAUGCAGAAGUGUGGUCUUUGGGGGAUUUGUAGUAAGUAGGUUUUACCCACUCUGGCCUGGGUAGCUCCAGGCAAGCCUGAUCUCUGCAGAUCUCAGAAGCUAAGCAGGGUUGACUUUGGUUAUUAUUUGGAUAGGUGACCGCAAAGGAAUGCCAGGUUGUGACAGAGAGGCAGGCAGUUAAAAGCCACCCUCUGAACAUCUCUUGCCUUGACAACCCUAUGGGGUCCUCCGUAGGUCAGCUGUGACUUGAUGUUAUAUAGGUAAACAAAAAGGUUUUUGUCCACAAAAUUCAGCUGCUGAACAUCCCUGUAGCUGUGAGAUGAAAAGUACACAUUGCACAUGGUAGAUUGCCCAGAGGGUUACGUGUGAACCCGCUACGCCUGCAUCUUGACUCAAGAGGAAAAGAUUACUACUUCUCCUUCGAGACGUUUACGAAUGUUUGCUCCUUUAGCUGCCGUACAAGAUAACAGAUGGGACAGUGAACAAGGAAAGUGACAUUGAAAUUGCUGUGGACCGUAGACCAGCAUUUAAUGGAGUUUGCACUGCUAUUCAAUAUGGACAAUUAUUGUCGAAGAUGUGUUAGAGCAUAGAACACUAUAGAUAAGCUGGGGGGGGGGCUGCCUGUUUUGCACGUGACCCUCUGUCCCCUCGUUGUCCCAGCCUUAGAAGCCCCCCCCCACACACACACACACCCUUGUGGAAAAACAAGGCUUGCCUUCAACCCAAACUCAUGCCUCUUGUCAGAUAAUACGUGACCUGCAACUCGUGUGUAAGAAAGAAAUCUUGGCACAGGGAUUGGUGGCCCCCUUGGUGGUGGCCUCAAGAGAAAGGAAUGCAAAUUGAUGGAGCAAGUGCCGCAUUGAUGUUAUCGUUGCAGGAAGGGAUGGGGAUACCUCUUGGGGAUAGAUGUUUCUUGUGUGGAUCUGUGCAGGCAUAUGUGGCUGUUAGAAAUUCGACACCACUUUUUAAAAAGAACCCACUGAUUGACGAGAACCAUUGUUUUCUUUGUACUUCCAUCCUCGUUAGACAUUUCCUACAUUUCCUCUGACAGUUUCCAGGUUAAUAGCACUGUAAUGGUUUUCUAUCUUAAUCAUUUGCACUGUAUUAAUAAUCCUCAUUAUAUGCUCACUCCUUGUAGGUUUUCUUUUUCCUUUUGUAUUUUUACUGAAAGCAAAGAUGUAGCUGGGUGGACAUUCUGGUAUUUUUCAUGGAGCUGUGCAAAGGAGCAGCAACUAUCUCUGAUUUUUCCCAUAACAAGUAUCAAUUCAACAUUGUCAGUUGCGUUUGUAUUUAUAGCAGUUAUUUCCUCGCCAAGCCCUGGAUUCUGUUAAGGAAAAUUUUCAACCUCUUUAAAAAUGUCAAGUACAUCAUGCUGUUGGAUUUGAGCCACAUGAAACUAGAGAGGACAAUAGUUUUUAAGGGGGUUAAAAGGGUUGCGCUGUGAUGUUGCCUACCGUGGCCAUACUGUACUUAUUUAUUGUGUCCCAUGGUCAUCAUAACAAAAACUUGCAGAAAAUGUUUACCAGAGACAACAGUGGUUUGGGAUUGCACGUCAUGGUUAUUGAAUACCCGUUCAUGAAGCCUUGGACUGUCUAAGUAACUAUACCCAUUUAUUACAAUGAAACAGGAGAUCAUGGCUAAAGAAUCCGCACAAACUAAAUAAAACAUUGUGAGGCAGGAAAUGAAACGUUUCCUCCAUGGAGUUCUGCAUGGUUUUUUAGCCCAAAAUGUUUUAUUUCCUGCCUGAAA